AUGGAUUUUGUGCGAUUACAACAGGAAACUUUCGAGCACCUCCGGGAGGGCAUCGUCGAUGAAGACGCUCUGGAAACCCGAUAUCCCCUCGAUUACGGAAACCAGGACUUCACACUCUCGCUUGAAUAUGAUGUCUCUCUGGGAGCCCUGGAUGCUUUGCCAAUCGAACUACAACAAAAGGUUCUCUCUUUUCUCGACAUCAAGGCCCUCCUCGUAUUCCGUCGGGUCAGCAAGCCAGCUCUCAGCCUCGUCAAUACCUUACUGGAAUACCAAAAGAUUGUCAUGAACGCACCGAUGGCUUUACGCAUGUCCAUCGCAAUCGGUAUGCACGAAAAUUACACUAUUUCUCAGUUGUUCGAUGCGCUUUGCGAACGCGGAUGCGCCGACUGUGGCACGCUUGCACACUACAUUUGUCUCUUCACCUGCAGUCGCCUUUGUCUCAGCCAAAAUGGUUGUUGUCCUGGCAAACUCGCCCCACGGAUAUUGCUGGAUUUGCCUGUGCAGGACGACGACGGGUCCAUACAGUCAGACAUGCAGGUAGAGAAUGCGCCAGACAACUGGGUACCUGAGCAUGUUCCUCGCUUUACACCAGUACCAGGCACAUAUUUCGUAUCUCGGCCCUUGUGCAAAUACGGCUCGACACACACGCUCACGAAAAUCCGACCUGGAAAUGUUUUCAUCGACAUGAAUGCUUUCGAUAACGGGAAAAAGUUCGUCAGCCAGUACAUAGAUAGCGAGGAUCAGGUUAUGAACGUGCUGUACAAGACCAUCAGCGUAGUGGUUGCACCUUGGCUGAGUAAGACAAGUAUGAGCUUUGAGUGCGGCAUGCAAUGCCCAGGUUGCAUGGAAGAGGAUAGAGAGGCAAUAUCCAACCUGUCAGUGUUGCAAACAAGCAUCACCCCUAAUUUGGACACGAGAGUCUGUGAAAUCUGGACAAAAGAGGGCUUGGUGGAGCAUGCACGCAGGGCACAUGGUGGUAACGACGGUAGUCAAAAUGGCCAUAUGGAGCUUUGA